UGAGCCGCUCUUGCUUCCGCGUUUGUGCGAUUAGGCGGAAACCAAGCGGCCGGUAGCAGGGACCGAGCUAAAGGAUCCGGGCGGCUCCGUUUGCCAUUCAUUCGAAGAGGAGUACAUACAUCGCGAAGAACAAGCGGACAAACAUGUCGUACGAACUGAAGCACUUGUUCGCCAGCCUUCCUCAGAUGGAGAGGGGCGUGGCCAAAGUUCUUGGCGGGGACCCGAAAGGGAACAAUUUCCUGUACACAAAUGGAAAGAGUGUCAUCAUCAGGAACAUUGAUAAUCCCGCUAUUGCCGAUAUCUACACAGAACAUCCUCACCAAGUCAUCGUUGCCAAAUACGCACCCAGCGGCUUCUACAUUGCCUCAGGAGACGUGUCGGGUAAGAUACGUAUUUGGGACACGACCCAGAAGGAGCACUUGCUGAAGUACGAGUAUCAACCCUUUGGAGGGAAGAUAAAGGACAUCAGCUGGACGGAGGACAGCAAGCGUAUCGCUGUGGUGGGAGAGGGACGAGAGAAGUUCGGUGCAGUGUUCCUGUGGGACUCGGGCUCCUCAGUGGGUGAGAUCGUCGGUCACAGUAAGGUCAUUAACAGCGUGGACCUUAAACAGACCCGGCCGUACAGACUCGUCACAGGCAGCGACGAUAACGACACCACCUUCUUCGAGGGGCCGCCCUUCAAAUUUAAGUGCACUGUCAGCGAUCACAGCCGUUUUGUGAACUGUGUUCGUUUUUCACCGGAUGGAAGCCGUUAUGUUUCAGCAGGGGCCGAUGGACAGAUUUACAUUUACGAUGGAAAGACUGCAGAAAAACUAGGAUCGCUGGGAGGAGAUAAAGCUCAUGAGGGCGGGAUUUACGCUGUGAGCUGGAGUCCAGACAGCACUCAGCUUAUCUCUGCAUCCGGUGAUAAGACCGUCAAAUUAUGGGAUGUGGCGAGCGGAACUGCAGUGACAACCUUUCAACUGGGCGCAGACGUUCUGGAUCAGCAGCUGGGUUGCCUGUGGCAGAAAAAUCACCUCCUGAGCAUUUCGCUGUCCGGAUACAUCAACUACCUGGAUAAGAACAACCCGAACCGACCCAUUCGCACCGUCAAGGGUCACAGUAAGGCCAUUCAGUGUGUGACUGUACAUAAAGACGACGGGCGGAACAUCAUCUACUCUGGCAGCAAUGACGGACACAUCAAUUACUGGGAUGCUCAGAGUGGCGAGAACGACGCACUAUCAGGAAAAGGACACACAAACUCCGUGGCUAGGCUUACUGUGGACGACUCUGACCGACUGGUGAGCUGCAGCAUGGACGAUACAGUCCGCUUCACCGACCUGAAGAAGAAGGAGUACAGUGCUUCUGAUGUGGCGAAGAUGGACGCUCAGCCAAGGACCGUGUCUGUCGGGCCAGGAGGCUUGGCGGUAGCUGUGUGUAUUGGACAGGUGGUGCUGUUGAAGGAUAAGAGGAAAGUGUUCACUCUGGAUAAUCUGGGCUAUGAGCCAGAAGUGGGUGCGAUUCAUCCCGGGGGUGGCACCGUGGCAGUGGGCGGAGCUGAUGGAAAUGUGUAUCUCUACUCAGUCCAGGGGAACACCUUGAAGGAUGAUGGGAAGGUUCUGGACACCAAAGGCCCUGUGACUGAUCUGCAGUAUUCCAGAGAUGGGGCAUUCCUCGCUGUCUCAAACGAGAAGAAAGUCAUCAUCGUAUACACCGUUGCUGAUGGUUAUGCGGUUAAGAACGAGUUCUAUGGGCAUCAUGCUAAAGUGGUAUGUCUGUCCUGGAGUCCUGAUAAUGAUCACUUUGCCUCUGGAGGAAUGGACAUGAUGGUGUAUGUCUGGACUGCCUCCAAUCCUGACAAUAGGAUCAAAAUUCCUGAUGCUCAUCGAUUGCACCACAUCAGCAGCUUGGCCUGGCUGGAUGAACACACGCUCGUCACGACCUCUCACGAUGCGUGUGUGAAACAGUGGACACUAAAAAUCUAAGCACUCUCACACACUCUUGCAGGAUCAGCAGGGACAGGGACUGCUGUAUGGAAUCAGUCUUUCUCUCUCUCUCACUUAGACUUGCACGCUCGCUCUCUUUGUUUUUAAGGGUUGUGUGCCAGUAAUCUCAGCUGCCUCUGUGUGUGUGUGUGUGUGUGUGUGUGUGUGUGUGUGUGUGUGUGUGUGUGUGUGUGUGUGUGUGUGUGUGUGUCUCCUUUCUGCCUUCAGUCAGUUAACAUGCUCCUUAUCUCUCAUCUUUAUGAAAGGUGUGACAUUCCAGAGGCGCGAGAGUGAGACCUCCAUCUGGCCAACAUUCAGUGCGCAUGCGCGCGCGCACACAAACACACACAAACACACACACACGCAUACAUACAGUCUAAAGUUAUAAAACACAUUUCUGAAACAGCACAGCUCCUGAUCUAACAUGAAGGUCACUCUUACAUAAGGAGUUGUCAUGUUUUAGACACGACGCUAUGUCAUGGAUCGGUCUCAUAUUGUUAACCAGGUGGAGGUUUUGCUUUAGCUCUCUCUCUUACUGUAUCUUGCGCUUAUAUGAUGGACCGUGGUCUGUUUCUGCAUUCUGCUGAGAGGAUCUGUGUGUGUUUUGUUCAGGGAGCAAUAAUAGGUUGUAAAGCAGAAAUGGAACAGUCCAGAGAUUUACUGUAGCGUGUGUGUAUGUGUGUGUAUGUGUGCGCGAGAGAGACAAUGGUGUUCUGUCCUCUGUCUCCGUCAUUGUGGGUAUGUUUAUUGUGUUAAUAUAAGCCUCCACUUUUUCACUGGAGUGGAUGUGAUUAAUAAUGAUAAUAAUAAUAAUAAUAAUAAUAAUAAUAAUAAUAAAAAUAAAGAUAAUAAAUGAUGGAAAUAAAGCUGAACACUUUUUAUGCACAA